GAUCUACAUGUUAACUAAUGGGUGUGAUCUCCAUGUUAACUAAUGGGUGUGAUCUCCAUGUUAACUAAUGGGUGUGAUCUCCAUGUUAACGAAUGGGUGUGAUCUCCAUGUUAACGAAUGGGUGUUAUCUCCAUGUUAACGAAUGGGUGUUAUCUCCAUGUUAACGAAUGGGUGUUAUGUCCAUGUUAAUUAAUGGAUGUUAUUGCCAUGUUAACUAAUGGGUGUUAAUGAGUGAAUUGAUGGGUUGACAAACAUGACCUUGUCCUGAAAAGAUUAAGUCUGCAAUCAAAAUGCAGAGCCUGGGAAAGCCUAAACUAAACACAGACCUUAUUUGAAGCAAAAUACAUGGUGUAAUGCCAAAAGAGAGACUUGAUGCUAGGCUGUGAGGUGAUUAUGACUCGUUGAUUAGUCCUCUCUACGGACAGAAUGGUUUUUCAUAGUUUCUUUCUUUACAUCUUGAUUAAUCUAAGUAUAUUUUUACCUUGUUACCGACGUAGUAGUCAUCCCAUCCAGUAGGUUGCUCAUCGGUUUGAGCUGCUAAAAUGUAUUAAGAAGUACGCAGCCCUAGCUGGUUAGGGGACAUUGAACGUGCCCAACUGUCCUGGAGAAAUGUUACUCCCACCAGUUUGCUGCUUGUAACACUCGACGGCAGCAGGGCAGUCUGGCCAAAUGGAGAGGAGUCAGAUGCUAUGACAUCAGGACCAGGUGUUCUGCCUGCCUGUUGGACUUGUUCGUGGUUUCUCCUCAGCGUUCAGCACUGUGGGAUGAGGUAGUAGGUUGUAUAGUUUUAGGGUCACACCCAAACUGGGAGAUGACUAUGCACCCUACUCUCUUUCCCAACGUGACCAUAAUACUGCUCAGGAUACUUCACUCCCAUCCUGUGGCUGCUGUCGUAAUUGAUGAACAGGAAGGAACUACAAAUGUCAUUGGUGCUCAUGUGUUUCUGCGGCAUGUUUAGUGAACACCAGUCCCUGCUGUGGCAGUGUGAGGUAGUAGAUUGUAUAGUUGUGGGGUAGUGAUUUUACCCUGAUCAGAAGAUAACUAUACAAUCUAUUGCCUUCCCUGACAAGCAGAAAAGCAUCUUUCAAGUGUCUUUAUUUCUUCAGGCUCAUAAGAGUUCCUAUUUUACAGUUACCUCCAGUUAGUCUGUUAACAGUCCCAGUUGUAUCUACUGUCCUGUGAUGUGCUUUGUCAUAUGAAAUACUACAUCUCAUCCAAUUGCCCUGCAGGAGUGUGUCUACUUAUCUAUUCCCCCAGAGUCAGAUGAAUGUGUGGUGACCGUUUUUGUUUCUUCAUCAUAAAGAAAGUCACAGGUACCUUAAUGAGCAAUGGUGGACAAUCGUAAUUGUGCAGUGACUGGAGGUUUGUGCUAUUCACUGGCAUUCUAGCAGCUAGUAUUCAUUUCCAGUCAUUGUGAAAACGAUGGUUGAAAAUGGCUGGUAAAGUCACUUGUAGUUUCUUGAUGCAGAGACGAUGUAUACAUGCAGAGGACGGGCUGUGUGCUGCUGGUCUUGUCUGGGAGGAGAUAACUACAGACCGUUGCCUAUCCCUGGGCCACACCAGUUCUACUUGGUCUAGUGCCCUGCACUUUUAUGUCAUGUUAUUGGAAACUGUUUACUCCCAAUAAAAAAAGUAUUAAAAUUAAUGUUUUAAUUUGAUGAAUGUAGGUAUGUUUUUUUUCUCCCUCUAGGGUUUCUAGUGAAAACAUCCAUAGGGCUGAAUUCAGUCAAACCUGUACUGCAGUGUAACACAAUGGCCCAUUUUCCAAUGGGCAAAAGGACUGACCUGGGUUUUGGUUUGUGUACUAAAACCUCCAGUCUCCACCAUGCCAGUCUCGGGUAUGCUUCUACCUUCAUUGAAGUUUGGUCUUUCUGUCGCCGCUAACUUUACCUGGAGUUCCAGGCUGCUUGGCUGCCCGUGUAGGCUACCGGCGCGGGUGGAGAAACCAGCACAGACUGAUUUGUAACAGUCUCAUCUGAGCUUACUGACUGGACACCAUGAGCAGGAAAACGCGCCGGUGGAUUUUCCACAUGUUUCUUUGCUUGGGAAUUGUGUAUUUGAAAAUAGGAGGCUUUUCAUCCGUAGUGGCAUUGGGUGCUAGUAUCAUCUGUAACAAAAUCCCGGGUUUAGCCCCUCGACAGCGAACAAUCUGUCAAAGCCGACCCGAUGCCAUUAUAGUGAUCGGAGAAGGGGCUCAGAUGGGAAUCAACGAGUGCCAGUUUCAGUUUAAAAACGGACGAUGGAACUGUUCUGCGCUGGGAGAGAGGACUGUCUUCGGAAAAGAGCUCAAAGUGGGUAGUAAGGAGGCGGCAUUCACCUAUGCCAUCAUCGCAGCAGGAGUGGCCCACGCCAUCACAGCAGCCUGUACACAGGGAAACCUGUCUGACUGCGGCUGUGACAAAGACAAGCAGGGGACCUACAGCCAGGAUGAGGGCUGGAAGUGGGGAGGCUGCUCGGCUGACGUGCGCUAUGGCUUGGGCUUCUCCAAGGUGUUUGUAGAUGCCAGAGAGAUUAAACAGAAUGCCAGGACCUUAAUGAACCUCCAUAACAAUGAGGUGGGACGCAAGGUCUUGGAGAAGAGCAUGCAUCUGGAGUGUAAGUGUCAUGGAGUGUCUGGGUCCUGUACCACUAAGACCUGCUGGACCACUCUACCUAAAUUCCGCCAGUUGGGCUACAUGUUAAAGGACAAGUACCACCAGGCAGUACACGUAGAGUCAGUCCGUGCCACACGUCACAAACGGCCCACCUUCCUCAAGGUCAAGAAGCCUCACUCAUAUAGGAAGCCCAUGGACACAGACCUGGUGUACAUAGAGAAGAGCCCGAACUACUGCGAGGCUGACCUGGUCACUGGCAGCAUGGGCACCCAGGGACGACUCUGUAACAAGACUGCCCUGCAGACUAAUAGCUGUGACCUCAUGUGUUGUGGGCGUGGCUACAACACCCACCAAUAUUCCAGAGUCUGGCAGUGCAACUGCAAGUUCCUCUGGUGCUGUUAUGUCAAAUGUAAUACGUGCAGCGAGAGGACAGAGGUUUACACCUGCAAAUAAACACCUGGCUGUAGUAACUGACUACACCUGUAAAUUAACACCUGGCUGUAGUAACUAACUACCACUAUAAAUACUCAUCAGGCUGUAGUAGAUAACUACACCUGUAAAUAAACAGCUGGCUGUAGAAGAUAACUACACCUGUAAAUAAACACCUGGCUGUAGUAACUGACUACACCUGUAAAUAAACAACUGGCUGUAUUAGAUAACUACACUUGUAAAUAAUCACCUGGCUCUAGUAACUAAUUACACCUGUAAAUAAACAACUGGCUGUAGUAGAUAACUACACUUGUAAAUAAUCACCUGGCUCUAGUAACUAAUUACACCUGUAAAUAAACACCUGGCUGUAGUAGCUAACUACACCUGUAAAUAAACACCUCACUGUAGUAGAUAAGUACACCUGUCUACAGAGAGAUAGAGCAGAGCAGUUUACACCUGUACACAGUAUUUAUUGGACCUUUAUUUAUGUCCUGGGAGACAGAGAGAUGAAAGUGACAACGAGAGAGAGGGAAUCUGUGACUUAUGGACAGUUUUACCACUUUUGCACUGGACAAUACUUCUCACUAGUCUUGAUUUCUUGAUGAAACCAAUAGCAAUAAGCUAGAAAGUACUAGCCUAUUUUACUUCUUCUUCUACUGCCCGUUCCUUCAGGCGCAAGCUGGUCGUUCAGUAACAAGCUGGUCCUUCAGUAGUGAGCUGGUCCUUCAGUAGUGAGCUGGUCCUUCAGCAGCUAGCUUGUCCGUCAGUAGUGGGCUGGUCCUUUAGUAGCAAACUGGUCUUUCAGUAGCUAGCUGGUCCUUCAGUAGCUAGCUGGUCCUUCAGUAGUGAGCUGUUCCUUUAAUAGCGAACCAGUCCUUCAGUAGCUAGCUGGUCUCUCAGUAACAAGCUAAUCAUUCA